AUGUGCCCUCACGACAAGCGCUGCCUGCAUGCCGCUAUGCUUGCCGUGUUCUUUGGUUUCUUCAGAUGCGGUGAACUGCUAGAAGCACCUACCACGCGCGGCUGUUUGACAUUCGAGUCAGGGAUGCUCCAGGUGCAUCUACCACGCUCGAAGACAGACCCGUCCGGGGAAGGUACGACGGUGCUGAUCGGGCCAGCGGUGCCGCCAUACUGCGCUGUGAGAGCCAUGCUCACCUACCUCACUGCAACCGCCUCUGCUCGUCCAGGCAGUGCUGUGUUCAUCCUGGCCAACGGGCAACGCCUCAACCGCAGCACUUUUACAGCCCACGUACGCACGCUGCUUAGCACCAGCGGCGUGGCAAACUGGCAGGACUAUGCAGGCCACAGCUUCCGUAUCGGGGCCGCUACCACUGCUGCCCUUGCUGGCGUCCCCGACCACCAGAUCCGCUCCGCAGGGCGGUGGCGCAGUGAUGCAUGCCUACGCUACAUCCGGACACCACCGUCAUCGGCCCGAACGCUGGCCAGCAAACUAUCCUCAGUAAGAUCAUCUCCCUGA